AUGCAUGUUCUGCUUGAGCUCUUGAGCCUCUCCGUCUUUGGAGCCUUCGCUCUGGUUGCUGCUGCCGAAACCACCGUCUGGGGGAACUAUUACAACUACUGGAUCAAGAACGGUUCCACGUUCGACCUCACCCGCGGCAGCUCCAACGGCAGCAUCACGAUCCAGACGAGCAGCAAGGGCAACUCGUCCAUCGUCAUCGACCUAGCAAAGACCGGCAUGGUUAUCGUGGACAUGCAAAACUUUUUCCUGCAUCCGGAGCUUUCUCCGUCUGCGACUGCCGGGCGAGCUGCAGUCGCCCCUACAGUCGAGACAGUGCUUGCUCUCCGGAAAGCGGGAGUCAAGAUCCUCUGGGUGCAGUGGGGCCUCACCCCGAACGACAUCCUCGGCAUGCCCCCAUCGCUAUUGUACGGGUUCGCGAGCGACGGUACGCCCAACUCGACGUUCGGAUCCGACAUGGGCACGCUUUCGGACGGCACGCACUUGGGGCCCUUGCUUAUGAGGGACUCUUGGAAUGCCCAGGCGUAUGGGGACCUAUGGCCCCUCCAGCAAGCGGGUCUUGCCUUUGGUACCGAUUUCUUCUUUAAUAAGAACCGUCUGAGCGGUAUCAACGGGCGCGCUGAGACGCCCUUGAGCAUAUUCCUUGAGGACAACUCGUUGACAACGCUCUUCUUCAGUGGAGUCAACAUUGACCAGUGUGUAUGGGGAACUCUCCUUGAUGCGUAUUAUCGAGGAUACGAUGUCAUUCUGGUUGAAGACAUGUCUGCCACAACGUCGCCAGAAUACGCCACCCAGAUGACCUUGUAUAACGGAGCAGGUGACGGAUGGAUUACGAACUCGACUCAAAUAUUGGCAGCACUUGAAUAG